UUUAACAGUCGCUACCGUAAGUCAUAGAAAUAUAUACGCACAUUCAAAUAUAUAAGCUUAAAUAUUUCACAGUAAAAUAUAACUAAUCUUAUUUUACUUCUGGGUUUCCUAAUUUACGAUAUAUAUUACAUUUAUUACGUUUUAAAUCGGCAAAACUGGAAAAUAACUGUCGUGAGGCGCUCGAGUCAAGGGUUUAUACUACAGAACCGUCGGUAUGACGGAGCCGCAGUUGCUCGUUUCAUGUUUAUUUCUGCUCUGGGGCUCGGCUGUUCUGUUACAUCUCAAGACGUGUUUAAUCCUUUCUAAGAAAAUAAAUCGCAUCUGUUAAGGUACCAUCAUAACAGUGGUGUGCAAAUACGCGUAACGCAUCGUUGGUGUUGAAAUAUAGACCGUCAUAGUCAUUCUGUGGCAAGCGCUUUAGCUUGAUCGGAUUCAUUCAUUCGGUCCCAUUGAAUCGGACAAGUGUUCCUUCAGUUUACCAACUUCAGAAAUAAGUAACGGCGUUUAAGGCACACAGUUAAAUCAGUGUUCAUGCCGGAUUUUGAGCAUUUCAGAUUUUCUCACUCCAGAAUGAAUCCUGUAUUGGGGGAGCAUGUGUACCCGUUCCAGCAGAACCAGGUGACGGGCUUAUCGGACUCUGCGUCCUCGGGCUAUUGGACAGAUUCGGUGUAUGGCGCACCUGACACGGGCCUUUUCUUCGGCGAACACACGGGUGGUAUCGGGCAAGAAGGCGUCACUGGGUUGGACCUGGGUGCUUUGCCUCCUUCAGGUACAUCGUAUCUGCACUUGGGUAACUAUUUGCACCGGCGGUCUCCGUCACCUCCAGUCGCCACGGCCCUGCGAAACGACCUGGGCUCCAAUAUAAGCGUCCUCAAGACUCUGAAUUUGCGCUUCCGCUGCUUUUUAGCCAAAGUGCAUGAACUGGAACGCCGGAAUAAAGUGUUGGAGAAGCAACUGCAACUAGCUUUGGAUGACAGCAACGACAGUCGGGAGUGUGAGCACAAUAAGAAGCCUUUAACUCGAGAUGUUGGAGUUCAAACCGACUUUGUUGGGUUAAUUCCUAUAAGGCCAGACCUGAUACCCGUUCAGAACGCAAAUGACACCGCAUGUCUGUCCGGAGGCUUGCUGUCACCUAUAUUAAAUAGCACCAUCCUGCCUCCCGAGUCCUAUAGCAAAACAACCCUAAGAAACCUAACUCCAACAAGUCUGACGGACUGCAAUUCCAAUCUCACCCCAAACUUCCCCAUCAGCCCGGUGUCACCUAUUGAUCCAGCACCAAAAACAAUCAGCAAUAUUAACGGCAAAUUUGUCAACACUGGGAUUGGCUGUACCACCAAUCCCCCAUCUAGAUUUCAUCCUGGGUCGCUCUGGUACUAUAAGAACACCCAGAGGUUCAGCACCGGGCGUGAGACGCGCGUCGCGGGUACAGGUGUGUCAUCACGGGUGCCUCCUCCAGACGGGGUGGGUGUCCAAAUUGACACAAUCACUCCAGAGAUCCGGGCCUUGUACAAUGUGCUUGCCAAAGUGAAGAGGGAGAGAGACGAAUACAAACGACGAUGGGAAGAAGAAUACACAAUGAGGGUGGAUCUACAGGAAAAGAUUGCAGAGCUUGAAGAGGACCUGCAGGAGAGCGAGGUGUGUCAGGAUGAGCUGUCUCUCAGGGUUAAGCAGCUUAAAGCAGAGCUGGUUCUUUUCAAAGGUCUCAUGAGUAAUAAUCACUCAGAUUUGGACAGUAAGAUCCAGGAGAAGGCCAUGAAAGUGGACAUGGACAUCUGUCGCAGGAUCGACAUCACAGCCCGCCUGUGUGAUGUAGCUCAGCAGAGAAACUGCGAGGAUAUGAUUCAAAUCUUCCAGCAAGUAGCCACACCUCCCUCAACCUUGACUCGCUGUUCUCGAAUACCAGCACCACAGACAACCAGAGGGAACGAGAGUGAUGAACCAAUAAGCAUCUCCGAGAGCGAGGAGAGCAGAAAUAAGGAGGCAGAGCUGUGUGGCUCGGCAGCCAGUCAGAUCAAUGAGGAAAUGCAGAGGAUGCUCAACCAGUUGCGUGAGAGUGAGUUUGAAGAUGACUGUGAUAGUCUUGCAUGGGAAGAGACUGAGGAAACUCUGUUACUCUGGGAGGAUUUUCCAGGAUGUACCUUCAGCAUUGAGACUCAAGGGGAGUCCCUCACACAGCAAGAGGAGUCCAUAGAGAAAGUGAUAAAGGACACGGAGUCUCUUUUCAAGUCCCGUGAGAAGGAAUAUCAAGACACCAUAGACCAAAUCGAGCUGGAGUUGGCGACAGCUAAGUCAGAUAUGAACAGGCAUUUACGUGAGUAUAUGGAAAUGUGCAGCAUGAAAAGAGGGCUGGAUGUUCAGAUGGAGACCUGCAGACAGUUAAUUACUCACAGUGGAGACAGAAAGUCCCCUCUUCUCAUUUCGGUUGCUGUGGAGGAGGGAGAGAAUGCAGAGAGGGAGAAGAAGAAAGCAACUUCUGUGGCAAAUUCUGACAGCACUGAACCGUAUUAUGACAUGCAAUCAAAGUCUGCUGUCCCGGACCAAAAAUUGAAAACGUCUUGAGAGCCUUUUUAUCCUUCUAGCCUUGCAGUAAUAGCUGUAAAAUUUAAAGAUAUGGCCGUUAUAAUUUCAUAAUUGAGAAUGUGAUACUGCUACAAGCCUCCACAUUAUGGAGAUUAUAGUUAGCCUGUGAAAGGCAAGUAAUCUUGUGUGGUUUCACUAGUGCCCUCUUUUGGAAUACAUCAUUAAUAUACAGUACUGUGCAAAAGUCUUAGACACAUAAGAUGUUUAAAAAAAAAAAAACCAUUUGUCUUAAAAUAGUUAUUUAUAUCUUCAGCUUUAGUGUGUCAUUAGGAAAUAUCAAUUUUAGGCUCCCAAACAUUAAUUUUGCAAAUAGAAUAGAAUAGAAGAACAGGGAGCCCUGCAACAGAUGGCAUGACCCCCACAGUGCCCACCACUGAACAUCGAGUUAGUCUGGGAUUUCAUGAAAAGACAGAAGCAAUUGAGACAGCCUAAACAGAUAGAAGAACUGUGUCGAAUUCACCAAGAAGCUUUGAACAUCCUGUCUGUCAACAACCAAGAAAAAGGUGUCCAGGUGUACCUAGGAGAAUUGGUGCUGUUUUGAAGGCAAAGUUGGUCACCGAAUAUUGAUUUAGCUUUUUUUAUGUUUACUGGACUUUUUAUGACGUUAAUUGAUGAAUGAAAACUAUUUAUGGCAUUAUUUUUGAAGACAUCCUUACUAUGCUACAUUUUUCAGAAGUGCCUAAAACUUUUGCACAGUACUGUACCUUAAAGGGAUAGUUCCCUUCUGAGUAGUCAUCAUUAGUAAACGACAUGAAAGUGAGUAAUGAUGAUUCAUUACGACUAAUGAGAAUGACAUGAGAGUAAGUAAUGAUGAUUUGGGUGAAAUAUUCCUUUUAAACAAAAGCUAAUUUUGCACUUUCUCUACAUAGAACAUUAUAAAAUUUGGACCAAAAACAUAACGGCUGAUGUGGCAUCAAAAUUUCAAGACCCCAUUUACACCUGGUAUUAAGAUGUGUCUGCAUGGUCAUACGAGACACAUCACUGUUUACACCUGGUCGCUUAAAUGCAUCACCUGUGACCCAUUGUGUCCGGAUUUUGAGGGGAGGGUCUCUGAUUUCAUGAUGACAUACAUCAGUCACUAUGUCAGUGUGUUACUGCAUGAUAAUAAACCACAAACAGUCAUAAAAGACAAAGAAAGCAUGAAUAAAACCGGUGCUGUUUCUCCCAGAUGCAGCUAAAUUUAAUCUAAGCACAAACGCAACAUUACAAGCAGAAUUCUCUGUUAUUUUAAUGGAGUACCUGUAUUAAAAGCACUUCAGAUGUUCAUCAUUCUCAUUUGUGUCCCUGCAUGUUGAUAUCAGUUACACUAAAGAAGAUCCGUGAAGUUCUCGUGCUUGUGUAUCUAUUCACUAUUUCAAAUUUUCCUUUCGGACGGUAAUUUUUUUUUUACUGCUGCUUGCAACUGUUAAAGAUUAAAAUCUUGUUUAAGAGCAGUGGUUGAUUGACAGGUCGGGGGUGGUGCUUCACUGCUGUCUGGGACGCAUACAGGACGGAUUAGCAUUUACACCUAAAAUUCAUUGUGGUCACGAGAGUUUUUGACUACCCUCAUAUGUUUUUUGUGAUACGAUCACAAAAUGUUUUACACACCGUUUAUGCCUGUAUUUAACGCUGACCACUCGUGGUUGGAUGACCUGAAACGCAUCUUAAUACUAAGUGAAUAUGGGGUCCAAAACAUAAUUUCAUUAAAAGUUUACUCAAUUCCAGAAUUUAAUGGGGUUCAUUUUGGGACCAGUAGGUAUAUAAUACUUUGACUAAGCACUUUAACAGGACAUUUUUGCUUUUAUUUACUUAUUUUAUUGAUCUAUGUUGAAAUUGGUGUUGCGGAUAAAGGCCAGUGCCAAGUUGCAACAAGUUGACUUAAGUUCCUCCUUUAGUUAUGAAUACCUUAGUAAUAAUUGUAAGGGUAUUUUUACCUGAUUACAAGGUUUUCUUUAGGGGUUUGUUGCAACUGGCUGCAGAUUACUUGACAUUGGUCUUGUUAAUUGAUUGUUAACUAGUGUUUCUAGUUUGAAUUUUGUUUUUUCUUCCCUUUUUCUCCCCAAUUUGGAAUGCCCAAUUCCCAAUUUGCUCUAAGUCCUCGUGGUGGCGUAGUGACUCGCCUCAAUCCAGGUGGCGUAGGACGAAUCUCAGUUGCCUCCACAUCUGAGACUGUCAAUCCGCGCAUAUUAUCACGUGGCUUGUUGAGCACGUUACCGUGGAGACAUAGCGCGUGUGGAGGCUUCACACUAUUCUCCACGGCAUCCACGCACAACUCACCCCAUGUGACUCUACCCUCCCUAGCAACCGGGCCAAUUUGGUUGCUUAGGAGACCUGGAUGGAGUCACUCAGCAUGCUCUGGAUUCGAACUCGUGACUCCAGGGGUGGUAGUCAGCGUCAGUUUGAAUUGUCUUAAUAUUUAGCAUUGCUUCAUUAUACAUUGAAAAAUGUAUUUCUUGUUCCUGCAGUGAAUCCCUUUAGCAAUUCUUUUAAAUUAGUAAAUUAAGUUGCUCAAAUGAAGUUCAGGAGAUUAACUCUGUGAGGGCCAGGGUUACAAAAACAGUUAACAAUGGUCAUUGGUAGUUUGCAUUUGGCUCAAAAGUCAGUAUAAAAAAAACACCCAAAUCAAAUUGAUUGGUUAGGUCAAACAAGUCAAUAUGCAGUGAGUCAUUAUGCACUUAUGCAUAAGUGAUGACCGAUCAUGUUAAGUGCUGCUGAGAGCAAUGCAUUCCAAACUAUUUCACUCCUCUGCACUGAUGUUCUGCUAAGCUCUCUAAAGUGACCAUUCAUUCAUUGUGUAUUGUUUUGGAAUAUACAGAGGGGAAACUGUUAGGAGAUUUGUUUUUAUUGAUUAAAAAAAAGGAAUUCUCAAUAGCAUCUUCACUAUUUUAGCCAAAGAGUUCUACACUUUUGAACAGUUUUAGGCCACUUUCACACGAAUACAUUUUUGUUUAAAAAAAUCCAUUGAUUUUGCUGCAUUUACGCCUCUCAUCCACACCUGACAUCUCUCGACCGAAAAUGGACACUUUUGAAAAUGCUCUCUAGUAUCACAUACUUUGGAAAAAGAUGACGUUAGAAAACUGAAAACAUUAAACGAAAACUGAUUAGUGUGGACGUGGAUUAACGAAAAAAGAAAUCUUUCAAAAACAAAAUGUGUUUCAAAUUAACCAUAAAUAACAGACAUUAAUCCCAGGGUAAUCCCAAAGAAAAAAUAAACACUGAUGAAAUUUAUUUCAAUAAAAGCAAAUUGAGUCAAUUUCCUGAUUUAUGAUAGGAUAGUAAUGUUUUAACAAAGGCACAAACCUAUAUUGUCUUUAGUUUUGCUUUAUCUUGUGUAAGGUGCAUAAAGUUUUAUACAGUUAAAGAGGUAGUGUGGAACAUUUUUUAGUAUUUAAAAUUUCUUUUAAUUUUCCUCUGGUAAUAAUGAUAUUGUGUGGGUCUAAGCCAUUUGGCAUGAUAAAACCAAACCAAUGACAAAUUAUCAGAAAGUGUCCCACUUUACCUGUAUAUACCCUAUUUAGUUUCUAUAUUAAGAAAAUUAUCUGUGUAUUAUUCACAAUUACUGCAAAAACAAACCAAUGAAAAUCUCAGUUAUAAACAAAUGUAUAUAUCAAGGUGCCUGACAGAAUUUAGAGGCCUAAAUUUGGAUUUAGAGUUGCAGGAAAAUCUGUUGCAUUGAUACUUGAAAACUAUUGCUAAGGUUCACGUCUGAGUUUCACAUUUACAACACUCAUCUUUAGUCAUUAAUAAUGACUAUCUGUCUGCUUAAAACUCUUUAAUAUCACUAGCAACAGUUAAUAGUUGUGAUAGUUCUUGCAGAUGUAAACCAUGGAAACAAAAGAGCUUCUUCUAUAAAAAUCAUCAUACAGUUAAUCCAUGCUAACUCAUGCAGCAAUGUUCUUUUUGUUUACGUGAAUGUUUUAUAUGAACUGCAGUGUACAAAAACUAACAAUCUGAGGUCAUGGUCUUCCUUUGUAAUAUCUGGUGUUACAAAAAUGAGCAGUUAACAGCUGGUAAAUGCAAAAGAGAAAAAAUGUGUAAUUUACAGUAGUCAUUUUACAAUGAAAUGACAAGGGAAUGAAAUUGCAUUACCCUGUUGCACUGGAACAAAUUUGUUGAUCAAAUGUUUGAUGCCACUGGUAAAGACUUCUAGACUGUGCGGAUGGAUUAAUGUUAUUGUGUAAUAGACCACUAUUUACUAAUAGUACUAAACAAAUCAUAAAUAAAACUGUUGGAGCCAUUAUCAGAUAUUUGAAAAAUUACAUUGUAAAGAUGUCAGAAACUAGAAAAUGAAAAACUUGUGUACAGAGAUGCUAAGAAGGACUAACUGAAAAUAAAUUAUUUUAUUGAA